AUGGCCACUCACACAGAUUCUCCCGCCGCUUCCACCGACAGCUCCGUGACCCGCACCCUUUCCACCUGGCUUGAAGAACUCACCCCGGACUCCAUCCCUAUCGAGAUUCGUACGCGAGCCAAAUACCAAAUCCUCGAUGGCUUAGCCUGCGCCCUUCUGGGCGCGCGACUUCCUUGGUCUGUGAAAGCACACGACGCUAUCACUGCCAUCGAAGGACGCGGUAAAUGUACCGUGAUUGGAUGGAAUGAGACCCUGACACCCAGUGCUGCCGCCCUCCUCAACAGCACCUUCCUCCAAGGCUUCGAAAUAGAUGAUGUACACAUCGAAGCCCCCAUUCAUACUUGCUCCGUUGUCCUACCUGCUGUCCUCGCUGCUGCAGAACAAGAGCACAGCUCAAAUACCCCCGUCAGUGGCAGUGCCUUGAUAACCGCUUUAGUAGCCGGCUACGAAACCGGUCCUCGCGUAGGGCAUGCUCUAGGUGGAGCGCACAUGCUGACAAUGGGCUGGCAUUCCGGUGCAAUCUUUGGCCCUGCCGCAUCUGCAGCUGCCGUCUCCAAGCUUCUUGGUUUCUCUGCUGCGCAAAUUGAAGAUGCUUUAGGCAUAGCAUGCACACAGGCCUGUGGACUUAUGUCUGCGCAGUUUGAGAGUAUGGUCAAACGCAUGCAGCAUGGAUUUGCAUCGCGGAGUGGUGUGCUGGCUACAUAUCUAGCAAAGCAGGGAGUUACUGGGACCAAGCAUAUUUUUGAUUCCUCAUCUGGUGGCUUUUUAAAGACAUUUUCACAUGGAGCGGACUCUGAUCCUAAGUUCUUCCCAGAAGAGGUAUGUAAGGGGCUUGGAGAAGUAUGGCACUCAGAAAAGACACGGCAGAAGCCGUAUGCAUUAAUGGCAGGGUCGCAUUGUACGGUGGAUUGUGUCAGGGAUUUGCAGGCUAAGUAUCCCGCGAAGAUGAAGGAGUGGAAGAAGAUGGUGAAGAUUGAGGCGGAAAUGGCUAGGGCAGCUAUGAAGAAGGGUGGCUGGACACCGGAGAAGCCAACUAAUGUAACAGGAGCACAGAUGUGUGUGCCAUAUGCAGUGGCAUUGCAGGUAGUGGAUUGGGAGGUAGUACCAGCACAGUUUGCACCAGGAAAGUUGAAUCGUGAGGAGUUGUGGAAGGUGAUGGAGAUGAUAGAGUGUCGAGAGGCUAAAGAGUUUGGUCAUUCAUGGGCCCAGCGGGUGAGGAUUACCUUUGAAGAUGGAGAGAUACUGGAGACUAUGUUAAAGGCACCAAGAGGGGUGCAUCCUGGAUUAUCAAACGAAGAGGUGCUAGAGAAGUGGCGGGCUGUUACAAAAGGAGUGAUCUCACAGGAGAGGCAGAGGAAGAUAGAGGAAACAGUGUUGAACUUGGAGGCAGUGGAGGAUGUAGUGGCUGUUCUGGGUGAGCUGCUGAGAGGAGAGACAGCGAAUGUGCUUCAAUAG